GUGUUUGUGUGUGUGCGUGACAGGUGUUGGUCCUACCUGGGCCGCCAGAGUAGAGAACAGGCUAUCUCCCUGAGGAAGAAUGGUUGUUUGUACACAUCCACAGUGCAGCACGAGGUUCUCCACGCUCUGGGCUUUGCUCACGAGCAAGUCCGCUCCGACAGAGACAGCUACGUCUCCAUCAUCUCCAGGAACAUUAAGCCAGGAAAAGAACAUAACUUUUUGAAGCGGCAAACCAACAACCUUGGUACUACCUACGACUUCAACUCUGUCAUGCACUACGGAAAAUACGCCUUCAGCAAGAAUGGGCAACCGACCAUGCUCGCUAAGAGAAAUCCGAGUCUUAACUUUGGGAAUGCUCAUACGAUGAGCAAUAUUGACAUCGCUCUUGUCAACAAGCUUUACCAAUGUUAAUAAACGGAAGGAAAGAGUCGGCCUCCAGAUACUUCAACUCCUGGCUUUUCAUGAUUCAUCCGAAGGGUCAGAUCUGUUGUUUAUCACUGACUAGCUUUCUGCUGAGGCCAAUCAAUCUAGAUGGCUCAGCCUAUUAUGGUUUUAUACUUAGUGGGCCAAAGACACAUUCAAUUGUUACUGAUGUGUCUAGAAUAAAAAUGAAAACAAUUUAAACAAUCAAUUUAUCAUAGAAACAAUGACAGAAAACACAUUGAUGUAAUGUAAUUGCUGAUUGAUACUGAUGAUUUCAAUGACUUUGUAUUAUUCUUUGAACUGAAGUUAUGCAUUUGUUGAUUAAAGUUUCUGGGGAAAAAAAC